ACAAACUCACUGAAACACAAUUUAUUCUUACUUGUUACUUAUCAACUUCAUGUCAAGUUGGGAUUAUUAGUAGAUUAAUAUACUUGCACUUGUAAAACCAACAUACAGGGGAAAAAAUCCAUUCAUUGAUUGGGAUAAAAAAAAGAAAGAUGCCCAACGUAUACAGGGGAAAAAAUCCAUUCAUUGAUUGGGAUAAAAAAACAUACAAAAGAAAUACGAACCUCCUUUGAAGUCAUUCAAUCUGGCUAAUGCAGAAAACGGAUCGUCGUCGGUAUCAGCAAGUGAUGACUAUAUUCCUUUUUCUCUAUUUCUUCACAUCACCAUGGCACCUCCGACCCACCACGACCGUCGAUGAACACCAACAGCAAUCCCUUAAAAUGUUAUGAAAUUGAGGCUGACUCGCCACCAACUGAAUCGCCACAGUAGCAUAUCGCCUGGAGAAUCCAAAUAAGAAAGAAGAGGUGGGGAAAGGAAGCAGAUGGCAGAAGGAAAGGAAAAGAAAGAAAAUAAAAUAAAAGGAGUCGAGACGAAACCUGAAAGUAUUCCACUGGACCAAGAAAAAACCCUAAAUCUUCUCAUUUUCUGCAAUCGAUUGUAAUAAUCACAUCAACAUGGCACCUCCGACUCACCACCACCGUCGAUGAAGACCAAUCGGGAAAUCGAAGCAGAUCUUUACCAUUUGCGUUCAUAAGAGGUCGGAGUGGAUAUUAGCGAAAGCAGCGAUGGUGGAGAAAAUGAGAAAGAGUUAGGGAAUCAAGAGUGCAAUGCUCGUCCUUGUUAGGUUGAAGAUGAAAGAUAGAUAGAAGAUAGAAAAAAAAAGGCGGGUUUUCAAAAUUUUGGGGAUUUCAUUUCCCCCCUUGUCUACUAAAAGCGCGUUUCAUUAAAAUUAUAAAGCGACAGGUACAGACGACGCGCGUUUAAGAUAAAGCGCCCUCCGUGUUUUUUAUUUUUUUUCUUGAGACACCAAAUUAAGGGCACGCAAUAAAGCGUGACGUAAAUCCUUAAAUUUUUUGGAGAGAUGACACUAUUUUAAGGGCACGUCCUUUUGCGUAUCGUUAAUUAUCGCGUGUCGUAAAAAGCGCGUCAUUAAAGGUCUUUUUUCUUGUAGUGUGAAGAGCGUCCAUUAAUGAAGGAGAUCGUGAGAAUACUUGAAACUGCACUACAAUUUCAAGUUCCACCUCUACCUCCACCUAAACAUAUACCUACAUCUUCACCAUCAAGUUCAAAUAGCAGUACUAAUGUGUCACAGCUGACUGAUAAAAGAUCCUUAAAGACCCUACAUUGGGAGAAAACUCGUGCAACAGUAGGAAGUAUAUGGGAUUUGCCUCAUAAACAGGGAAAUCUGUCAAGGGUUCCUGAAAUUGAUAAAAAAGAGCUUGAGAGCCUGUUUUCGGAAACUUAGCGUAGGCGGGUUCUGAAUAGCUCAAGCCGUAAAGAGUUCUUUUCGUUAGUUGACUCAAAACCCUUGGAUGAUGACCUGUAAUAAAAUCCCAGAUUCAGUACAUCAA